AUGCAAUCAACACUCACAGUUGCAGAUCUAAAUCACAACCCGUCCUCCCAGCGGGUCCUCAUCGUCGGCGGGGGCAUAGUUGGCGCCGCCUUGGCGUUCUAUCUCUCCAAGCCAAACAGCUCCCGACACAUCGUUCUCCUUGAUCGGUCGUUAGAGGAGUCCCUGGGAUCCACGGGUCAUGCUCCAGGCUUCGUGGGCCAACUCAACGAGUCAUCCGCUUUAACUCGUCUUGCUCAGGAUACCGCCUCAGAAUAUCUCUCGAUCCCAGGUGGUUUCAACACUGUCGGUGGGCUAGAACUUGCAACAACAGCCUCUGGGGAGCAGACAUUACAGUCCCGAUGCAAAAAGGCACGGGCUGCGGGCUUGCCUGCGGAGAUUAUCACGCCUGAGGCGGCAGCAUCUCUUGCCCCAGACUUUAUCAACCCUGACACGGUGAAGACGGGUCUGCAUUUCCCAUCAGAUGGAACCGCAGAUGCGCAAGCCAUCACGUCCUACUUUACCCAUGAGGCUCGAGCUCGAGGCGUAGAGUUUCUGGAGGCUGCUGUGACUGGCUUCGCGACGGUAUACAACGAUGAUGGAACCCCCGGGGAGAUUACAGCUAUACGGACUGCGAAAGGCGAUAUCAACUUGGCAGGAAGCACUGUCAUUCUCGCGACAGGAAUUUGGACUUCGUCGUUGACAAGUCCGGCCAAUGGCAACGAAUCUUCCAUCACUCAGUUCCCUGUCCCUAUUAUUCCGGUUGCACACCCGUACACAUUCACUCCCGCCCGACCAGCCCGCAUGGGAAAGCCCUAUCCAUUCGUCCGUUGGCCGGAGCAUCAUGUCUACGCCAGAGACCACGGCGAUCGUGAUGGAUUGGGUAGCUAUGACCAUGCCCCACUGCAGUUGAAUCCAGGUGAUACAGCCAUCGGAGCAUGGCCUUCAAGCUUUGAUGAAGUCUUGUUGAAUGCUACUUCCCACUUGAAGAAUGGGAAGGAAUUUUUAGUCCAAGGACGACAGGGCGAGUUGGACUCUUGGGCGGCGAAAGAGCCAUUCAAUGGUAUCUUCUCGGUGACGCCCGACAACCUCCCCCUUGCGGGCCGAGUGCCUGAUGUCUCCAACUUGUGGCUCUGCGCUGCAAUUUGGGUCACGACGGCUGCUGGCACGGCCAAACUGAUCUCAAGGGAAAUCCUUCGUGGGAGUCAGAAUUCUACUUCUGCUGAAGACGAAGAGCUUCUCAAGGCUGUGAACCCAGCCCGUUUUCAGGGACUGGAAGCAGAACUGCUUACUGCUCAAGCUUUGGGAAGAUAUAACAACAUAUACAAUAAAGAAACAAGCAGGUGA